UGUGUGUGUGUGUGUGCACGUGUGCGUGCGUGAGAGCACCCCAGAGGUGUCCGGUUUAACACCUUGUUGUGCCUGCCUGUCCCAUGCUACUACCGAGGCCGGACCGAGUUUGACCCAUAAAUCUUCGACCAACCAAGCCGUUGCGGACGAAAGGAAGCCACUGACUGCACCGCACGAGAUAGAGACCGAGAAAAGGUAAUGACACAAAAUGCAACAUGCGUUUAAAAUAUGACCAGCAAACCGGAACCAGCAGACAAAUUGGGAAGGAACAUGAAAGCGCUGCCAGCGAACUGCCAAAAACUGGCCGACGGGAUCCAGCAAUCGUGGAACCGAGCGAUCCCUGAGAAUGACUAUAUUCAGCUCGGUACGUUUCGGUACGGCGUGCGGCUUUCGAACACCGGCCUGCUGGAGGAUGCGAUGACUACUGAUCGUGGUGGAAAGGCUGUAAGCGAUCACCAACAUCAUCAUCAUCGCAGUAGUUCACGUGGAUCGAGUAAUGGUGCCCCGUAUGAUCACUUCUCGAACGGUAGCGACGGAGGCGGUGGCAGUCGCGCCGGAAGUAUACCUUGCAGUACGGGCAGUGGCAGUAGCGAGCAACCGGCGGCCAAUUGUUGCUGCAUCCGAGCAUCGAGCAACGAUCCUAGCAGCAACGUGGAGAUACCACCGUGGACCAACAGCUACGGAACGCGUACCAAGCUACCCUUACCGGCCACCGGCAACGGUGCCGGAUCCUUGAAUGCUAAGAAUAGAAAAUCAUCUCCCUCUGCAUCGACAGCUUCGACGGUGGCGGGUGGAUGGGGUGGUCUAGCAUCACCAGCCACCUCACCCGCCCAUCACCAGCAUCAGUACCAGCAGCAGCAGCAGCAACAGUCGAGGCAUCUGCAUCUGGCGCCCAACCGAACCACCAACGGUCACGCUCUCAGCAGUCCGUCGACGCAAUCGUACGGCCACGGAAGUGAGGACGGUCCCAGUCUCGGCUACAGCAACGGUCACACCAACAACAACACCAACAACGGUAGCCAGCUUCAUCAUCAUCACAACAACAACAACAAAAACAACAACGGCUAUCACAACAACAGGAACGGUGCGGAAGCGAACGAGGAGCCAGAUCAGCAGCAGCAGCAGCAGCAGCAAGAGACGAGCCAGACCGGUGAAAGUACCUCGCCCAGGUGCUCGGCGGUGGUGUGCUGCUACGGCAACAGCUUCGGUACCGGUACGAUCACCGGCAGUGGUCGGAAGAAACGGCCAACGAACAACAAGGAACACGAACCGCAAACCGUUUCACCUGGCGCCCCACACCAGCAUCAUCCCCGUGAUAUCCAGCGGCUCCGUGAGCAUCGGGAUGCUGGAGUCACCGUCACGGGCGGUGGCGCCGAUCGACGCGCGUUGCAUCGUGGUAGUGAUCGCGGCGGGACGACGCAACUAGUACGUGGAAACGCGAGUGUCCAGCAGCUGCUCUACGCCAACGGUUUCACCGCGGAUGCGGCCAUCGGUGGUACCGAUGCUGGUGGUACGUACGAAGAUGAUGGCGGUAGAUCAAGUGGCAGCUUCUAUCGGUUCGCUGAUGGUGAUUUAAAUUUAAAUCCGAGAAACGCACCACAACAGCAGCAACACCAGCAACAACAACAGCAAGUGCUUCAACGUUGGCAGAGCGCACCUUCUGCGAAUGCGGGUGUGACGGCGGCUGUGGUGACCGAUAGGCGCGAGCUGAACAUAAAUAAUUUCGAGAAAAAGCAAGUGGCGUCCACUGAGCCCCACUACGGACAGAGUUUUGUGGCAAGUGGCGGUGGCAGGCACGCUGUUGAACCGAACCGAUCCGCAUCACCGAACGGUAGCAGUCCUGCCGGUCCGGACUGGUCGGUCGUCGGUGGUCGCGGCCGCACUCUGCAGCCACCAUCAUCGUUACCGGUGAAAUCGUACAGCUUCCAUCGGGAUCGGGACCGAACGGCUGGUGGCGGUGCGGCUGGUCAGCUGUUUGACCGUUGUUCACCCCUGUUCGAACCCCUGCCGUUGACCACCGGUAGAAAUAGAUCGUUUCGUAACGCGCAGCACACGCCGGUGGUGAGACGCUCAUCGGCCACCGUACGCCACGGUACCGUGCCCGAUGAACCGCGAUCACCCGGUACGGAUUUCGGUACGGCGAGUGGUCUCGCGUUUUCGCGAACAGUCCGUCAGUCGCCACCAGGAUGCGGUGCUGAGUCAGAGUACCCUUCUUCACCUGUUCCUACUGCCCCUACGUCUCCGUACGGCCGAGUGAACACGCUAUUGACGCGCAAAUCCUCGCUACCGGUGCUCAGUAGUGAACGUAACAGCAGCUACUACCAUCAGCAGCAUCACCAACAGCAGCAGCAACAGUAUCCGGUGAUCAGUAGUAGCCGGGCAUCGAUCGACGAGUGCUAUCCGUUCGACAAGUCCACCUGCCAACCGGAGUGUAUACUGACGCCCCGGUCACACCGCAAACAACCGUGCAGUGAUGCGCUGAACGAGAUACGGCUGCAAUCACUGAACAAAUACUGCAACCAGUUGCUGUUGGCCGGCCAACAGCAGCAGCAGCAGCAGCAGCAGCAACCUUUCGUUGCCAGUCCCCGGCCCGGCCGUCGGGGUCCAUCGACUUCGCGGCGUCGUCCUCACCUCGAUGAGCUGGAGGACGAGCUCGGUUUCAUUGACUCGUCCGAUCUGUCAUCGGCUGGCGAUGAGCAGAGUGGCGGUCAUAACGGUUUGAUUGCCAUUACUACAGUAGCGGCGGCGGCGGCAUCCGCUGGUGAUGGUGAUGUUACCGGUGCGAGUCAGCACCAGCACUACGGUCGAAACAUUUACAACGAUUCGUCCUCGGACGAGCUGAGCAGUGUGUGUAGUGGUGUCGAGCAGCUCACGCGUGCCUGUGCCAGUGUAGUAGUAGGUUCACCGAUCGCUGCCAAUACUACUAACAGCAGCGGCGUCGGUGGCGGCGCGCCUCCAUCAGCCAACGGUCAUCAAGCGUAUAACGCAGGUAACGCUAGUAACGGUAGCCUACUACGAUCGUUUGGUCGUCGUACGAGUGGUACACUCGGUAGUGAACAGAACAGCAGUACAAGUGAUAGCAACAACAACAACAACAAACGACGUCAUCGGUUUGCAGACGACGACGUCGGCGACGUCGGUGGUACCAAGCACACCAACACAGCGGCCACGUUAGCGACGCCGGCGACGGCAGCAGCGGCUGCUAAUAAUAGCAGCGCCACCGUAGUGAACGGCACGGUAGGUGUCAGUGUAUCAGUCGCCACCGAUGUCACUGGUGUCUCUGGUGGCAGCAUACCUCACUCCAUGCUGCACCAGCAGCAGCCGCAGCGGGCGCCUCGACAGGCGACAAAUCGAUAA